AUUAGAUGCUUACCGAACCAAAUAUCGAUCGAAGCUUUGUUGAAGAUUAAAUUAAAUUACUUUAAAGAGAUAUCAAUUGUAUAAUUGAUUAGGUGAGUGAUUUCAUUAAAAUUUUAGGAUAGAAAUUUAAGAAAAUCAGGAUUGGCAAAACUUUAAGAUUUCUUCAAAAUUAAAUAGAAUGCUCCAGAGCGUAUAUAUAUCUUUGAUGCUUAUGCACUUAAAAAUCUUUUAAGAGUAUUUGAAGAUUCAGUAGAGAGAAAUAGAGAAGCAGCUAUAAAUAUAGUAUUAAAUUAUCUUAGUCUUCAUGAUUAACAUUAUAAUACAGAGACUCUUAGAUUAAUUGUUGAUACGAUAAUCAAUCGUCUUAAUUAAUUACCAUUUUCAGAAACUAGUGAAGAAAUUAGAUUAUCAUUGAUUAAAUUGUUACAUCAAAUAUAAGUUAAACAUAUUGAAGCUUACUCUAAUAAUUUAUAAAGAUUAGCACAUAUGAUUGGUAAAGCACUUUAAGAUAAUUUCCCAGAAGUUAAAAAAGUAUUCUUAUCUAUUUUAUUUAAUAGGAUGCAGCAAUAUUUGCAGCUGAAAUUUCAAAAAAAUUACCUAUUGGUGAAUAUAUGGGAGAAGCUGUCAAAUCACUAAAUUUCAAUAUGUAACAUGCUCAUACUAAAAUUAGAAAAGCAACAGUAGAUGUAAAAAUUUAAUAAUUAUUUUUCAGAGUAUAGCUCCAGUCCUCUUAAGUAGAACUAAUGGAACCUUUUUAGAAAUUGUUUUAAAUAAUUUAAAAAAUCUCUCUUUAGAUAAAUCUUCUGAUGUAAGAAAAGGAACUUUAAUUGCAGUUUCAGAAUUAUUAAUGCACUUUUCUAUUCAAAAUUUGAAUAGUUAUGAAAAUAAUCUGAUUCUGAUUUUAAUGAACAGUUUAAGUGAUGAUAGUAAGGAAAUAUAAAAUUUGGCUAUGUAACUCCUAGAUUAAAUUGGAUUAAAAAGACAAAAAUUGGAUGAAGAAGCCAAUUUGUGA